AUGGCCAAUUCAAAGUAUGAAUACGUGCGCAAUUUUGAGCGCGACGAGAUCCUGCUGCCGAACACAUGGAUCGUCGUCAGGAUUGAUGGACGAGGCUUUCACAAGCUCUCCAGUCAUUAUGGCUUUAAAAAACCCAACGACCCGCGGGCGCUGCGCUUGAUGAACCGCGCCGCCACGCACGUCGUCCAAGCAAUCCCAGAGAUCACGGUCGCGUACGGUGUGUCGGACGAGUACAGUUUCGUCCUCCAGCGAGAUACGACGCUCUUCGAGCGGCGGAAAGACAAGAUCGUCACGACCGUCGUGAGCAACUUUACGGCGGCUUACGUGCUUGGGUGGGGCGAGUGCUUUCUGGGAGAGGUAUCCCUCAGAAGCCAGUCAGAAGGUCCUGCCCACGGGACGACCUUGACCAUGGAGAUGCUGCCGACCUUCGACGGCCGCGCCGUGUGCUACCCCAGUUGGGAGAAUUUGCGAGAUUAUCUAAGCUGGAGGCAGGUGGACUGCCAUAUCAACAACCUCUACAACACGACAUUCUGGGCUCUCGUCCAGCAGGGAGGCAUGACGCAGACUGCUGCGGAAGAGCACCUGAAAGGCACAGUCUCCAGCGACAAGAACGAGAUUCUGUGGUCAAGAUUCGGCAUCAAUUACAACAAUGAGCCGGAGAUGUAUAGGAAGGGAUCGGUCGUCUUUCGCGAGUAUGCUCUAGAGGACGAGGCGAGCACAGGGGGAGCUGGGAAGGAAGGCGAGGCGGGGGUCGAUGUAGGAGAUGAUCCGGGCGAAGGUACAGGGGCGUCAGACCCGAUCUCGAAGAGGCAGGCUGAGAAGGUACGGAAAGCCAGACGGAAAGCCAAAGUCGUGACGAAGCACGUCGAUAUUAUCAGGGACGAGUUUUGGAUUCAGAGGCCAUGGUUACGUAGCGGCAGGCCCGGUCGGCUGCUGGAAGACCAGCCCGGGUCCUGA